AUGACCGCCCCACCACCACCCCCCUUCCCACUAACCACCACCCCCCUCCAACCCACUCCACCCUUCACCUCCACCCUCCGCUACCCCGGCCCCUCCCGCAAAUCCAUCUACGACCGCAACCUCUCCCGCACCUCCACCCACCAAGUCUCCCUCUCCACCUUCGCCCACCUCUUCAACACCCUAAUAACCUACCACCACACCCGCUCCGGCUCCGUCGCCGAGAUCGAAACCCGUCUCAACCGCGCCGGAUACCCCCUCGGCUUGAAACUCCUCGACUUGCACCUCCACCGCUCCCAAGGACGGACCAUCACCCGUCCGACGAGAAUCCUGGAUGUGCUGCAAUUCAUCCAUACCACCCUGUGGAGAGCGCUGUUCGCCCGGGCGGCGGACGCGUUGGAGCAGAGUAAUGACAAGAAGAAUGAGUAUAUGAUUGUGGAUAACGAGCCGGUGGUGAAUACGUAUAUUUCCACGCCAAAGGAGAUUUCUCAGCUCAAUUGCGCGGCGUUUGUGGCGGGGAUUAUUGAGGGGGUUUGUGAUGCGGCGGGGUUGGAGAUGGAGGGGGUUAGUGCGCAUUGGGCGGGUGGGGAAAAGGAGGAAAUGUGGCCGGGGAAGACGAUUUUUUUGUUGAGGUUUAGUCAGAGGGCGGUGGAGAGGGAGGAGGCGAUCAAGGCGGGGGGAGGGUGA